AUUUCACUGCAAAAGGUGUGAUCCAUAUUUUGUAAUUGUACAUCUAUUUUUGUACUCAACCUUUAUCUGAACUGAAAAAUGUUGAUGCGCCGUUGCUGUUUGAUGAAACCCAUCGGAUGUACCCGCUCUGUCCGGUGGCGUAAUGUUCAGGCGCAAGCGCAACGGAACAUUGCAACUGCAGAGCAUGUGAUCGAUCCGGAAUGGGCCACAGCUAAACCGUACAAAUCCAUUCCCGGGCCAACGCUGUGGCAGCUGUUCCGUGGGUUUUCUAAGGGUGGCUGCUACGAUGGACUUAAUCUCAUCGAGCUGCAUAUUCGUUUGAGGCAAGAGUACGGAGAUAUUUACCGCAUACCAGCGGCCAUGGGCCGUGCCGAUGUUGUGAUGAGCUUUGCGCCGGAAGACUUCGAAAAAGUGUUCCGUACGGAAGGUCAGUAUCCGGUGCGGCGCAGCUUCGAUACGAUGACGUACUAUCGGCAGCAGGUUCGGCCAGAUAUUUUCGGUGAACUGGGUGGGCUGGUUACUUCCCAGGGAGAAUCGUGGCAAAAGAUGAGAAGGAUUUGCAACCCGGUACUGCUGAACCCGAAGACGGUGAAGGUGUAUGUCGAGCAGAUGGAUGCUGUGAGUCUUGAGUUCAUGGAGAUUAUGGCCAAUCUCCGCGACGAAAAGAAUGAACUGCCGGCCGAUUUUAACGAAUGGUUGAGUCGAUGGGCCCUCGAGACGACUGGUGUGUUGGCGCUGGACACUAGACUGGGUGUGCUGCAUUCCACGGACUCCGGAGAAGGACAGAGGCUGGUAGAUGUUGUGAAUGAGAUCUUCUGUUUAACGUAUCAACUGGAUGUGCUACCAUCGGUCUGGAAGUACAUCAGUACUCCAAAAUUUAACAGACUUAUGAAACUGUUUGAUAAGCUUACUAAUUUAAUAUUGGAUCAAAUCGAACGAGCGAUGGUAAGAUUUGAAAAGAAUCCAACGACUGACAGCAAUCACAGCGCCCUCAAGAAGCUGUUGAGCAUUAACAAGCAUGUAGCGGUGAUCAUGGCGUUAGAUAUGAUAUUUGCCGGCAUUGAUACGACGUCAGCGGGCUCCGUUGCCAUACUGUACUGCUUGGCCAAGAAUCCCGAAAAACAGGCAAAGCUACGCGCCGAACUCUGCACGAUAAUGCCAACGAAAGAUACCAGGCUAACGGCAAGCAUGAUGAGCAAUUUGCCAUAUCUUAGGGCCUGCAUCAAGGAGGGUAUGAGAAUGUUUCCCCCUGCGGCUGGGAAUUUUCGUGCCACCGGACGUGAUAUUGUGCUGCAGGGAUACCGUGUACCGAGCGAUACGGACAUUGCGAUGGGUGCACAGGUGUUGUUGAGGGAUGAAAAAUACUUUCACCGUCCGACCGAGUUUAUUCCCGAACGGUGGCUGAACGAUCGUGACGCGUCCAUCCCGAGCGCGAAGGAGGUGAAUCCGUUCAUUUUCCUUCCGUUUGGGUUUGGUUCGCGCAGCUGCAUUGGCAAGCGGUUGGCAAUGAUGGAGAUGGAGGUGAUACUGGCCCGGUGGAUUAGACAGUUUGAGUUCCGGUGGAACUACGAGGACUAUAAGUUUCGCACGACCGUUAUCAACAUGCCGGGGUGUCCGCUGAAGUUUGAGAUCAGGGAUUUAGAGGACAUCAUUGUAGGGCGAAACAGUCGCUUCGGAAUCAGCUGGUGUAGCAGAUUGUUCAAGGAGCAGUGUCGAGUUUUCUGUGCAAAAAGUGUAUUACAACAAAGUGAGUGCAGAAUGAACGUGUUAAAAUCUCCACUGUGGCAACAUUGGCUACGAUCCAGCGUGCUUCCGUAUGGGACAACUUCGAACAGACUGCUGAGUGCACAGGCCGCGGUCGAACACGUAGAUCCGGAAUGGUCCACGGCGAAACCGUACGAAUCAAUCCCCACUCCAUCGUUUAUGGAGAUGACCCGGAUGUUUGGCAACAAAGGUCGUUACGCAAAUCUGGAUCUGGUGGAGUUGCAUUCCCGCAUGUGGGAAGACUACGGUGAUAUCAUUCGCUUUAAGGGAAUGUUUGGUCGCCGAGAUGUCAUUAUGACGUACAGCCCACCUGACAUUGAGAAGGUGUUCCGCAACGAGGGACAGUGGCCAAUACGCCGUGGGUUCGAUAGUUUUACGUACUACCGUACGCACGUACGACCAGACAUCUUUAGCGAGACGGGCGGUCUAGUCACAGAACACGGUGAAAAGUGGCAGAAGGUGCGCACCAUCGUAAACCCGGUAAUGAUGCAACCGAAAACAAUUAAACUUUACGUCGAUCAGGUGGAUGAAAUAGCGCGAGAGUUUAUGACACUGGUAGCAGGCAUGAGGGAUGAGAAGAACGAGCUACCGAAGGACUUUGAUCAGUGGCUUAAUCGGUGGGCGCUUGAAACGAUGGGUGUUCUGGCGCUGGACACGCGGUUUGGUGUGUUGAAGGAUGAACAGACGGAGGAAGCCAAAAAGAUCCUUGGACUUGUACGUAACAUCUUCGAACUAACGUAUAAGUUGGACGUGGAAAUGUCGCUCUGGAAGUACAUCAGUACACCAGCUUAUAGGAAGAUGAUGAGCGUCUUUGAUGAUCUAACAGCAUUGAUCAUGGCCAAAAUCGAUGAAGCGAAGCAGCGUGUCGAGAAACAACCAUCAAACUCAGCCAAUCAAAGCGUACUGGAGAAGCUGCUUAAGAUCAACAAGCACGUUGCAGUGAUCAUGUCGCUUGAUAUGCUUAUUGCUGGAAUUGAUACGACAUCAUCCGGAUCGACCGGAGUGCUGUACUGUCUAGCGAAGAAUCCGGAAAAGCAGGCAAAGCUGCGUGAAGAGCUGCGCGCCAUCUUGCCCAAAAAGGACUCUCCAUUGACGGCGGAGAAUAUGCACAACCUCCCAUACCUAAGAGCCUGUAUCAAGGAGGGUCUGCGGAUGUAUCAACCCGUCGCUGGAAACAUGCGUGCCGCCGGUCGAGACUUGGUCCUGCAGGGCUAUCAAAUUCCAAAGGGAACGGACAUUGCCAUGGGUACGGCGGUAUUGCAGCGUAGUGAGAAGUACUUCCGCCGAGCCUCGGAGUAUCUACCGGAACGUUGGCUUUCCGAACGCCCUGCAGAUGUGCCGAGUGCAAAGGAUUCGAAUCCCUUCAUCUUCCUUCCGUUUGGCUUUGGUGCACGAAGCUGUAUCGGUAAGCGGCUCGCCAUGAUGGAGUUGGAGAUGAUUACCGCCCGGCUGGUGCGGCAGUUCGAACUGCGAUGGAACUACGAUAAGCUGCACUUCAAGCAAGCGUUGAUCAACAUUCCUGCCAAUCCGCUGCAGUUCGAACUGCGGGAUGUAGAUCACUGUUUGCUAGCACACUUCACUAGCACGCUGCGAUUGAUUGAAGCACUCAGCACCUUCAGUUCGAUGCACCCUUCGCGUAUGUUAGUUGUGUGCGCGUGUGAUUUUCCCUUCCGAAAAAUGGCUUGGCGUACUUUGAUGCAACGGUCUCGUGGUUCCACUGAACGUUUGUGCGCAAAAAGGUAUGUAAACACCGUUGCCGCAGCAACGAAGCAGUACAUCGAUCCGGAAUGGAGCAACGCAAAGCCGUACAAAGCCAUUCCCAGUCCGAAGUUGUUGGCAUUUGCGAAGGAAUUCAAAGAAGGAGGCCGUUAUUACGAACUCACCGGUGCCGAUCUGUUUGCUCGAUGGCGUGAAGAUUACGGUGACCUGAUACGCAUCAAGGGAAUGUUUGGCCGACCGGACAUGGUGGUUACCUUUCAACCGGAAGACUUCGCAAAGGUAUUUCGCACCGAGGGUGCUUGGCCGAUACGGAGAAGCUCGGCAACGCUAUCCUACUAUCGGGAGAAGGUGCGCCCGGAGGUGUUUGGAGAGCUGAGCGGGCUCAUAACGACGCAAGGUGAAACGUGGCAACAGCUGCGGACCAUCGUGAACCCGGUGAUGAUGCAACCGAAAAUCAUUCGCCUGUACGUGGAUCAGGUGGAUGCUGUUGCGAGAGAGUUUAUGACAAUUGUGGCUGAACUGCGUGAUGCAAAGUGUGAAGUACCGGCCGAUUUCAACCAGUGGCUGAACCGUUGGGCACUAGAGACGAUGGGAGUGCUCGCACUGGACACGCGGCUUGGUGUACUACGACCGGAACAGACAACAGGAGCAAAGGCUAUCAUUUCGCUUGUGCAAAAGAUAUUCGAUCUGAUGUAUCGGCUGGAGUUUGAACCUGAAUAUGUUCUUUGGAAAUACUUCCAAACUCCAUCGCUUAAGCUGCUGAUGAAAGAGUUAGAUAAUUUAACGAAUCUUGUGAUGGGGAAAAUCGAUGAAGCAGUCCGGAGGAUUGAAAAGGCACCCAAGAUGGAAGGAACUCAGAGUGUCCUGGAGAAACUGCUGAAGACGAACAAGCAGCUGGCGGUGGUGAUGGCUUUCGACAUGAUAAUGGCCGGAAUCGAUACGACAUCAUCGAGUACGUUUGGCAUUCUGUACUGUCUCGCGAAAAACCCAUCCAAGCAGGCGCUACUGCGCAAAGAGCUGCGUAGUAUUCUUCCGCAUCAUGAUUCACCCUUGACGCCGGAAAACAUGCGCAACUUGCCGUACUUGCGUGCUUGUAUCAAGGAGGGACUACGGCUGUACCAACCAACGCCAGCAAACGUGCGGAACGUGGGCCAUAAUAUCGUCCUGCAAGGAUACCGCAUACCGAAAGGAACGGAGGUAGUGAUGGGAACGCUAGCGUUGCAACGUGAUGCAGCUUACUUCCCUCAGCCGGACGCAUUUCUGCCGGAAAGAUGGCUACCCGAAGGACAGGACACGGGUGUACCCAGCGGAAAGGAGGCACAUCCGUUUAUCUUUCUCCCGUUUGGAUUCGGUGCAAGAAGUUGCAUCGGCAAACGACUGGCGAUGAUGGAGAUGGAGAUCGUUAUUGCACGGCUUGUGCGUAGGUACGAGGUGGGAUGGAAUUACGGCAAGCUCAAAGUGAAAAUGGGCUUUGUCACUACUGCUACAGUGCCGCUUCAGUUCGAACUGAAAGACGUGAUUGAUUAG